GACAUGGCGGUUUGGGACAACAAAUGUGGAACGUUGGUGUUGGCGCAAAUGCUUGAAAGUUAACCGCAGAGCUCACCUUUCCCUUUGCUACAAUAUCUUGCUUCAAACAUUUCAACCUGCAAUGAAUCCAGUAAUUAGACGGAGACUUCCUCCCUCUGUGAGGAGUCUUCUGACAGACAUCGGUCCAAAGGAGGAGUGGACUGACGUGGAGCCGGACACAGAGACCAGAGAUGGGGUUCUGCUCCCCUCCAGAGGACCUGCUUCUGGAGAAGAGGCGUUUCUAUCUCCAGCCAAGACACAAGAGGAUGGUAGUAACGCCAGAAGUACUGCAGUCUGCAUGCUGUGUAAAUGCAAGCCCUCUUCUUACACCUGCCCUCGGUGUAACCUGCAUUACUGUGGCUUGGCUUGCUACCAGAGCCCAGAUCACUCUGUGUGCUCUGAGAAGUUUUACAAGGAGUCUGUUCUGCAGGAGCUGAAGGAAAUGGGGAAAACAGAAAGUGAAGGGAGGAUUAAAAUGCAGGAGAUACUCGUGGGACUGAGACAAAAGGCUGAACACACAGACGGGGGGAUGGAGAGUGUGUUAAAGGAUGCUGGUAUUCUGUCAGAUGACACAGAGGAAGGAAAAGGAGAGGCAGAGGAGAAAGUGCAGGUUGUGGAGCUCCUAUCCAGGUUAGCAGAGCUUCAACAGUCUGGAGAGGCGAGUGAAACAGAGAUUGAGGCUAUUUUGAGGAAACUUGAAGAGAUUGGAGGAGGAGAGGCGCUACAAGGUGACAUAGAUGAAGGUGCUGAAGCUGCAUUAGGCGAGGUGGAUUUGGCUGAUCGACUCUCAGGCCUGGAUGUUGACAAACUUUCAGAAGAGGAGCUGUGGGAAGUUCUCAACAGUGAAGAGAAAGAGAAGUUCAUGGAUCUAAUAAAAGGUGGAGCUCUCAGUGGGCUGGUUACCCUGUGGAAGCCGUGGUGGGAGGAGCAUGAGGAGGGAGGGAAAGCACUGGUGGAGGUGCUUGAGGAGGAAGUGAGCAAACUGGAGAGGGACAAUUCAACAACUAUGGAUGAAGAAGACAAGACAUCCCAAGAAGUGGUUCAGAAUCAGAGCAAAUCAGCUACAACAAGACAAGUGAAAGGAGCAAAGGGAAAGGAAACAAACAAGGGAAGGUCAACCAAUCCCAGUGUCCCUAAAGUUUCUGCAAAAAUCCCAAAGUUGAGCUCCUUAUGUGCAAAUCCAUCUCCCCUGAUAUGUUAUGGUUUGGUCAAUGCACUUUUUGGCUACUCCUUCACCAUGUGCCUGUUUAACAAUGACACUGAUUCACUGAUGUUUGAGUUCUGUGACAUGAUUCUUGCUCUGUCUGAGGCACUGAACUCAAACAGGGUGUUCAACUCUGUCCAAGAGGCCCUAGGCUGUGGAGAAGCUCUGAUUCUGGAUGGAGGUUACCUAGAUAAGGAAGACCCUCUUGCCCCAACCAGGGCGGUGGAAGCUGUGGCUCACAUCAUGACCGGCAGAGACCGAAAGGAUGCCACAGGAUACUGCCUUUCAGCCUUCAGUCAGCUGCGCGCGGUGCUCUCCAAGGCUAGAAGUGCCCUAUCCAAAGAGGGAGAGGAAGGAGUGAAGAGACAUAAAUACUUCCUGGCAAGCAAGAAGUGUGAGUUCCUUCAAGCCUGGGUGUUGGACAAUGCCGAUGGGAUUCGUAGACUAGCUAUUGAGUUGUGGAACGAACACAGUAAGAGAGAGAGUGUAAGGAGCAGCAUGGAGCAGGCAAAGACUGUGGUUGAGGAGAGCUUGAAGAAAGAAAAGAGAAAAAAGAAUAGCAAGUUAAUUGAAGAACUGAGCUAAGGAAUUCUCUCACUAAUAAAUACAUGUUUGUGAAUGUUCAUGAUGUAAUAAAAACGUUUGAAUAAAUUACCCUUUUUACUGUGA